AUGGCUCAAGUUUGGAUCGAGGGCUGAAGACAUUUGAGAUUAGUAAAUGACAUUGGCUCAAAACAAAGAACAUUCAUCCUCUCGAGCACCUUGCUUUUAACAUCCAAGUUGGCGGAUACUCUGUUGACGAAACCCAAGUUAAAUACGGAGAGGAACAUGGUGUUAAGUUCAAAGUCCUACCUUCCAAAAGUGGUGGAGCAACUGGUGCUUUUUGUGGUAAUUUGGACCCAUUUAACACUGAGAGCAUUGUGUGAAAAUAAAACUUCUCUUCUGGGGUUUGAAUGCACAAUGAAUGACCAAUGUAAUAUGAAAGUUCCAAACAGUCACUGCGACAGUGGCGAGUGUCGCUGUCUGCCUAACUUUUUACCAAUGAGGAUAGACAAGUGUCUACCAGCUGCUAAAGUUGGUGAAUUCUGCUUGAACGACGAGCAGUGCCAUCUGGCGAGCAAAUAUAGUUUUUGUAAUUACAUAAUUCCAUGGAUAUACGGGAAGUGUGAAUGUCUUAAUGGUUACCUGGCAAAAAAUGAUCAUCGAUGUUUUCCUGAAUUGAACAGUACUUGUGAGAAUGAUGAAGAGUGUGUAACACACGCUUCCUUCUGUAAGCACAGAAACACAAGUCACAACUCCGUGUGUUCUUGUACGGAUGGCUUUAUGAUGUCAACAAAUGGAAUAAGUUGUGAGCCGCUAAUUAAAGAAGAAAAUGAAGAACUUUUUCAAAACAAGACAGACGAAGUUAUCACUAAAAAGAGGGCUCCCCAUCAUAAAGUUUCGCUUGGUAAACCAUGUGAUUCUAGUGGUCAGUGUCAAGCAAGAGAUCUUCACAGUGCCUGCAUCAGUGGAGUUUGUGAGUGUGUUUCAAAGUCUUCCAGGUGUAACGCAGAAUUCACAGGCUGUCUUAAUAACACCUUCCAGUGUACAAGUGGGCACUGCAUAUCGUGGUAUUUUGUUUGUGAUGGACUAAAUAACUGUCCAGAUGGAAGCGACGAAGACAAUUGUGAACCAAAGCGAUGCUCAAAAGAGGCCUUCCAAUGUGAUGAUGGGGCUUGUUUGUCCAGAUCUGUUCUCUGCAAUGGUAUUCAGGAAUGUCAAGAUGGCAGUGAUGAAUUUCACUGUAACAAAGAUGGGUCGUGUGACCACAGGGCUUUCCAGUGUGACAACGGUCAGUGCUUACCUGAGUAUGCCUUUUGUAACGUAAUUACAGACUGUGAAGAUGAAAGUGAUGAAAAUCCAGAAGUGUGUACGCACGCUGACACUUGUCCUAGUGGGGUUUUCCAGUGUAAUAAUGGUCACUGUCGGUCUACAGCUAUCCUCUGUAGUGGUCAAGAUGGUUGUGCAGAUAGUAGUGAUGAAGAUAGGUGUGAAGUUUGCUAUUGUGACAAACCAUAGACUUUAGUUUUUGAAUUCGGGUUAGGGCAGAAUGGAAACUAACUAUGCUUCAGCUUUUUUGCUUGGUCGAUUGUUGUUCAGCGCCAUCUGGAAACAAAUCUUGGACAUU